GUCACGUGGUCCGCGCCGCUCCGUGGGCACCUGAGGGCGGAUUCCGCAGGCCCUGGGUCUUCCAGGUGGAAGUGGCCGCAUCCGUGGACAGGUUUAGCAGCGACAGAGGCAGGACAUUUUACUUCAAAUAAGAAACAUGGUGAAACUAAUCCACACAUUAGCUGAUCAUGGUGAUGAUGUCAACUGCUGUGCAUUCUCCUCUUCCCUCUUGGCCACUUGCUCUUUGGACAAAACAAUUCGCCUGUACUCCCUCAGUGACUUUACUGAACUGCCCCACUCACCAUUGAAGCUUCACACCUAUGCUGUCCACUGCUGCUGUUUCUCCCCUUCAGGACAUAUUUUGGCUUCCUGUUCAACAGACGGUACCACUGUCCUAUGGAAUACUCAAAAUGGAGAGCCUUUGGCAGUGAUGGAACAGCCCAGUGGUAGCCCCGUGAGGGUUUGCCAGUUUUCCCCAGACUCCACUUGUUUGGUGUCAGGCGCAGCUGAUGGAACUGUUGUUUUGUGGAAUGCUCAGUCAUACAAGUUAUAUAGGUGUGGUAGUGUUAAGGAUGGCUCCUUGGUGGCCUGUGCAUUUUCUCCUGAUGGAAACCUCUUUGUCACUGGCUCCUCGUGUGGAGAUUUAACAGUGUGGGAUGAUAAAAUGAGGUGUUUGCAUAGUGAAAAAGCACAUGAUCUUGGAAUUACCUGCUGUGAUUUUUCUUCACAGCCAGUUUCUGAUGGAGAGCAAGGUCUUCAGUAUUUUCGAUUGGCAUCAUGUGGUCAGGAUUGCCAGAUCAAAAUUUGGGUUGUUUCUUUUACCCAUAUCUUAGGUUUUGAAUUAAAAUAUAAAAGUACACUGAGUGGGCACUGUGCUCCUGUUCUGGCUUGUGCUUUUUCUCAUAAUGGGCAGAUGCUAGUCUCGGGAUCAGUGGAUAAAUCUGUCAUAGUGUAUGAUACUAAUACUGAGAAUAUACUUCACACAUUGACUCAGCACACCAGGUAUGUCACAACUUGUGCCUUUGCACCCAAUAUCCUUUUACUUGCUACUGGUUCAAUGGACAAAACAGUGAACAUCUGGCAAUUUGAUCUGGAAACACCUUGCCAAGCAAGGAGCACAGAAGACGAGGCGAAGCAAUUUCCUGAAGACUGGUCAGAGGAUGAUGUUUCAGUGUGGCUUUGUGCCCAAGGUUUAAAUGACCUUGUUGGUAUUUUCAAAAUGAAUAACAUUGAUGGAAGAGAAUUGUUGAAUCUCACCAAAGAAAGUCUGGCUGAUGAUUUGAAAAUUGAAUCUCUAGGGCUGCGGAGUAAAGUGCUGAGGAAAAUUGAAGAGCUCAGGACAGAGGUGAAAACCCUUUCUUCUGGAAUUCCUGAUGAAUUUCUAUGUCCAAUAACUAGGGAGCUUAUGAAAGAUCCUGUCAUUGCAUCAGACGGCUAUUCAUAUGAAAAGGAAGCAAUGGAAAAUUGGAUCAGCAAAAAGAAACGUACAAGUCCCAUGACAAAUCUUGUUCUUCCUUCAGUGGUACUUACACCAAACAGGACUCUGAAAAUGGCCAUUAGCCGAUGGCUAGAGACACAUCAAAAAUAAAAUAGUUUAUAUUGUAUAUAUUUUUCAGUGAUCUCAUUUGAAUGAUUUCAAGGUAAAUACUAAUCAGAUAUUAAAGCAAAACAGGAGAAAAGUGAAUUUACUUACCUGUAAAAACUUAUUCUUUGAAUUAUAUGGACAAAAUAACAUAUCUGACCUCCUUUCCUACUAUAAAAGCCUUUUUUGUACGUGAAAGAUAUCUUAAUCUGUGGAGAAAUAAAGUUUUACUUUGACUUAAAAUUGCAAUACACAAAAUUGAUUCUUGCUAGAUGUAGGUCAUAUUCUCAUUAAAACCAAACAUCAGAAUAAUCUAGAAUAUAACAUUAAAAUCCUAGUUAAUAGCCAUUAAUUUGAUAACUCUUUGGAAUCCUUCUAGAGAGAAUUUGUAGCAAAAUAACUAGAUUGUAGCAAAAUGACUAAACUGGGAAAAUCACCUGGACAUGUUUAAUGAGCAGUUUUAUUGCAUUCUAAAUUUGCAAGGUGGCAGUGAUUUUUCCCUGCAGUCCAAACCUGUGUACAAGUUAGAUGGAAUCAAUUAUCAUGAAUAUGUCAAGUUGACUUUGUUGAAAUAAAGUACUAAAUUGGCCUCCUUUUAAAGUUCAGAAUCCUUAAAGUUCUCAUAUAUCCUAAGCUAGGGUAACUAUACAUUUUUACACAAUAGGUUGAUAUUUAAUACAACAUCCUGAUAAGCGUUCACAAGAAGAAAACUUCCAGUUCACAAAGCUGAGGUGGUAUUGACUUCACAUACCUUUUGUAAGUUGUUUCCCAGAAUGAAAGCCAUUAGUGGGAAGGCUGGUCAGAACUCAACUGGAACCAAGGCAGGAACCAAGAUUCUGUGUUUGCCCCCAAAACCCUCAUUUUAGCUGUUCUAAAAUUCAAAAACUCAGAAAUGAGGGGGAAGAGUGAUGUAAUUAUGUAUAUAUUCUUUUCCUAUAUUUUAUAAAUUUACAGCUAAUAUGCUACAUGUUUACAGAUGUGGAAAGCUUAGCUACCACAAAAAUCUCCCAAUUAUCUUUUAACUGCUUUGUAAAAUUUCUGUCAUCCUAAUGUAUUACUGAAUUUUAUUUCCUUUGUGUCAUAGCUGGGAUUUACAAUCUGUGAUUCUACAAGAGGAUUUUCUUUUUCAUACCACCCAUGCUGCUUACAUUAGAGUGAAGACCAAAAAAAAGUUGUAACAGGCAUUAGGUACUUUUGUAUUCUAUAGAGAAAGUAUGUUAACCUAAUUUUAACAAAAGAUUUUAAUUCCUAGAGUCCACUAAUGGGCCAAAUAUUUGUUUUGGUAGACUUAUUUUCCAAAGGAGGCACACUAGUUUUUUACAUAAAAAUUACUAAAAAUUAUUGACGUCAUUGAUAGAAAACACAAUAAAAGACUGGUUAUCUC